GUGACUGACGCACCUCAUGCACAAAAGACUGCUCAUUACCAACCUCAGCAUGGUACACAUACCACAAGUCUGGGAACUGGUUAUCUUGUCAAUCAGUCGCUCAUUGAUAUUUACUCACUCAACGGAGCCGGUCUUCAGCUUCGAGAUGUCGACAAUGUGGACAAGCAAGAUGAUGGUGCUGCCCGCCGGGUUUUUCAUUUCAAUGUUCUUCAAUUGAUGACGGAGACUGAAGAUGCAAGAUACUUCAUUUCUUUGUAUAUGUAUUUAUCUCAACUCAGCUGUUUAGGCACCCUUUUCGAGGCAUGGAUGAAUCCAACAAUGUCUACCAAAGACCGUGUUCUGGCAGCUCUUCGUGCGCGAUUCUGGUUGAACCUUGUAAACCAUCAUAUC